UAAUUUAAAAAGCUCCAAAUAACUGGCUUUUUCACGAGAUUUAUAUUCAUGCUCUUGGCUAUACUGUGAAUUAUUGAAAUGUUGAAUGAACCUGGGAAAGACGUUAGUCCUUUAAGAUGACCAAGAGCUAAGCCUGAGUCUCCUUGAUUGAAUUUGCCCAAUGUCCUUAGUGCAGGUUACUUGUAGAUUAUAGUUUUCACAGGCUCCCUGGGGCUCUUUUCACUUUAGUCACACUGGGAGUCAUGAAUGUCUUUCCAAUAAUUCAGGGAAUUCUAGAGAUCUUCAAACUGUAAGGUCUAUUCAUACUCUAACACAAGGAACAAACCUCAUUAAAAUUAAUGGCUAAUCAGGAGGCAACAUAACCAAAAGCACAGUGAAUACAAGUUUUCAUGUUAGAUUCAACAUGGGUUUAUUGCUAGACCCAGGAGAUAGCUUUAGAUUUAACUUUGGCUCACCAACCUAACUUUCUGAUCAUGUAUUUCAGUAAUAGCUAGAAAUGGGUCUGAAUGUUUUCCCAGAGUCUGACAUAAUGUGUCUUUUGCCAGAAGAGAGGUCUCAAGGAGACUUCAUUUAAAUUCUGAUUAUUGAACUGAGGCUUUAAUUGUUGUUAAUGCCUUAUGUUAAAUGUAAAGUUAGAUUUUGCUAGGGCUGGGAUGGGGAGUAUUUCUAGAACUUAAACAUUGAAAACUAAUUCAGCCUCUAGUAACCUGGAUGGUUUUCAGUGGCAUGGUUAGUCAAAUUCAUGGUUUUAAACUUAGAAACAGCUUUUGUGGGAGGUGGGUAGGUUGGAGCAUUUAUUACAUAUUUUACUGUUUAAUGUCUAACCGUGGGCCUUUUAAUUUGUAAACACUUACUGAAAUGAUUGUGGGACUGUGGAAAACAUUUACCUAUUUACCUUUGAAGUUUUAAAAGACAGUCCACUUUUUAGCAUGUGUGUUGUGUCCAGCCUGUGGUUGUCUUAACUAAUAAAUGUGAUUUUUCUCCCCAUUCUCUCUCUUAUUUAUUUGCGUAUAGGCCUCUUACCUGGUGUGAGUUCCUGAAAGUGGAAAACACCUGGCAGUAGUACCUAGCUUUGCAGUUAUUUACUAUAUUUGCUUUCCAGCAGUACUGUUUCACUUUCUAGCUUGCCUCUUUUUAAACCCUUGUACACACUUGUAAAGAACUGUUUCCUGAACCUGGUACGGCACUUUGCUAAUGAUACAAAACUUUACUCCCAAGUUAUAUUAAGUCAAUUGCUAAGCUGUUACCCACUCAUAAUCAAAUGGUAGUUUGGGAGUCCAGUGAAAUAGAGGUUGUUCCUUUCUCCUGUACCUCUGUCUUUAAAGGUUUCUGGAGCUAAGUGAAACUGGUAUAAGAAAUAAUGGGCUUUUAAAAUCAGAUUUCUUCCUUAGUCUGGGUAUACAACUUUUCCUCUUUCUGGGCAGUUCUUCCCUAUUUAAAUAGAAAUUGUAAAGUCAGAAACCUGUGAUGUAAUCAUGGGUCUUUUAAAAAACAGUCACAAGUCUCGUUGUUUUGAUGACCCCGUACAAGGAGCCCCUGGAAGAAAUCGCAGAUACGUUAGUGGUUUUCUGUGCAUCACCAGUGUUUGGGCCACUUGGUUUAUUAAUCGUGCAUUUCCAGGUGAGGCGGAUGCUGCUGCCUGGGGACUGCCUUUGGGAAGCCACUGCAAUAAAGUGAUUACCACUACCCCUGUCCCAAAGCCCCACUGCAGCCUGGGUGCUUAAGCAUCAAGACCACGGCUCGGGUUAGGCCUAGGCCCCCAGGGGGCGGUAUUUGCUUAAGAGUUACGGCUUGGGUUUGAAAAACCACAGUGGAGCACUAAAACUGUUGAACUUGCCAAAUUUGAUGUAAAUUCCCAAAUCGCCAUUUGUAUAUGCCUCAAGGUGAACUGCUUUCAGAUUGAGAUAUAUCUAGAUGAUUUGGGUAACGGAAAUACUUUAAUUUUCUGGAUUGCCAAACUGGGGAAGGAAGGUAAAGCUGACAUAAGUGGCUAUGGCCGUUAUAAAUAGGUGGGAAUAACCAUUACUGGUGCUUACGAGGAAAGAAAUACCAAUUGAGAGUGUGAUGGGAGGGGCGCGAGGCGAAGAACGGCAAGCUACUAAACAACCAUCCGGACCGGCUUCCGCCAUGGUGGGCGGGGGAUGGCCGCGGCCGGAACGUAGUGAUGCGCUUCCGGGGUGGUGCCUGCUGCCCGAAAGCACGCUCUUCGCCGUCGCGCCUGCGCUCUGACCUCCCAGGGUUCCGGUAACUGCGGUGGCGGCUUAUUGGGAGCCGCUGGCUGAUGGGAGGGUGCUUUUUACUUUCUGAGGGAGAUGCGCUCUCUUCUAGCCGUCAGGGCCUGCCAUAAGGUCUUCAGAUGCCUGUUGUCUGGGUUUGGGGGUCGAGUAGAUGCUGGGCAGCCUGAGCUGUUGACAGAAAGGAGUAGCCCACACGGAGGGCACCUGAGGUCGCACGCGGAGCUCCAGGGGAACGGCGAGCACCCAGAAGUCCCCGAGUCUGGAGAGGGAGGCGAGGCGCUGUUAAAGAUCUGUCAGAGAAGGCAUUUCCUAAGUGGAAGCAGGCAGCAGCAUAGCCGGGAUUCUCUUCUGAGCGGGUGCCACCCCGGCUUCGGACCCUUGGGCGUAGAGUUGCGGAAGAACCUGGCCGCAGAAUGGUGGACCUCGGUGGUGGUGUUCAGGGAGCAGGUCUUCCCGGUGGACGCCCUCCACCACGAUCCAGGCCCUUCGCUGCCCGGGGACAGUGGCUUCAGGUUAGUUUCUGCAGAAACUCUACGCGAAAUCUUGCAAGACAAAGAGCUGAGUAAGGAACAGCUAGUAGCAUUUCUUGAGAACGUAUUAAAAACUUCUGGGAAACUACGGGAGAACCUUCUUCACGGUGCCUUGGAACACUAUGUGAAUUGCCUGGAUCUGGUAAACAAGAGGCUACCUUAUGGCCUUGCUCAGAUUGGAGUGUGUUUUCAUCCUGUUUUUGAUACUAAACAGAUACUGAAUGGUGGUAAAAGAAUUGGUGAGAAGACUGAAGCUUCAUUAGUAUGGUUUACUCCUGUGAGAACUUCAAACCAGUGGCUUGAUUUCUGGUUACGUCAUCGACUCCAGUGGUGGAGAAAGUUUGCUGUGAGUCCGUCUAACUUCAGCAGCAGUGACUGUCAGGAUGAAGAAGGCCGGAAAGGAAACAAACUUUACUACAAUUUUCCCUGGGGAAAGGAGCCAAUAGAAACCCUGUGGAACCUAGGAGAUCGUGAUCUUUUACACAUGUAUCCUGGCAAUGUGUCUAAAUUACAUGGCCGAGAUGGACGAAAAAAUGUGGUUCCUUGUGUUCUGUCUGUAAGUGGGAAUCUAGACCGAGGCGUGCUGGCCUACCUCUAUGAUUCUCUCCAGCUGACGGAGAACACCUUUACAAGAAAGAAAAAUCUUCAGAGAAAGAUUGACUAUUACCUGAAAGGCUUUGCACCAGGACUGUUUUGGAUCUCGGAUCCCAAAAUUCAAAAUCUUAACUGUUCUAAUGUGCAUUUCCUUUGAACUCAAAAAGUUUCAGGUUUUGGAGCAUUUUGGAUUUUGGAUUUUCUGAUUAAGGAUGUUCAACCUAACCAUUACUGUAAGUAAACUUGAUAGCUUGCCAUUUAAAAUUUUAUUUUGAUUCAUUUGCUUUUUAAAAUGUUUUAAUUUGCCUGGCCAAUAUGGGGAAACCCAGUCUCUACUAAAAAUACAAACAUUAGCUGGGUAUGGUGGUGUGUGCCUGUAAUUCCAGCUAUUCAGGAGGCUGAGGCACAAGAAACAUUUGAACCUGGGAGGUAGAGAUUGCAGUGAGCCAAGAUCGCACCACUGCACUCCAGCCUGGGUGACAGAGGUAAGUCUUAAGACUUACCUUGUCUUGAGAGGGGGAAAAAAAAAAGGCUUUAAUUAAAUAAUGAACUGUGGGUAGGUCCUGUGAUUAUAUAUAAUUUGAAGUGUGUUAAGCUGAAUGCAAUUCAGUGGAUUUGCUGUUAAUGCCCAUUCAUAGUUUCAUUUUAUUAGUGAGCUGAGUAUACAUAGUCAUUAAAAUAUUUGUACAGAUGUUAGUGAAUUAUUUCUUUCCUUUUUGAACUUUUUUUCUUUUUCUUUUUUUUUUUGAGACGGAGUUUCACUGUUGUUACCCAGGCUGGAGUGCAGUGGCGCGAUCUCGGUUCACUGCAACCUCCACCUCCUGGGUUCAGGCAAUUCUCCUCCCUCAGCCUCCUGAGUAGCUGGGACUACAGGCAUGCGCCACCAUACCCAGCUAAUUUUUUGUAUUUUUAGUAGAAACGGGGUUUCACCAUGUUGACCAGGAUGGUCUCGAUCUCUUGACCUUGUGAUCCACCUGCCUUGGCCUCCCAAAGUGCUGGGAUUACAGGCAUGAGCCACCCCGCCCUGCUGAACUUUUUUCUUUUUUGAGACAGAGUCUUGCUCUGUCACCCAGCCUGGAGUGCAGUGGCACCAUCUUGGCUCACUGAAACCUCCACCUCCUGGGUUGAAGCAAUUCUCCUGCCUCAGCCUCACAAGUAGAUGGGAUUACAGGCACACACCACCACCACCACACCUGGCUAAUUUUUUUAUAUUUUUAGUAGAGGGUUUUACCAUGUUGGCCAGGCUGGUCUCAAACAUCUGACCUCAAGGGAUCUGCCCACCUCAACCUCCCAAUGUGCUGGGAUUACAGGCAUGAGCCACCAUGCCCAGCCUUUCCCCUUUGAACUUAAACACUUUUGGUAACUGACUAUAUUCAAAUAUUUGAGAUCUAUAAUUUUAUUUUAAUUUUUCUAAUUUGUUAUAACUAUUACUCUUAAGAAAGGCCAAGGGGAAUGGCUUUCAUUUCGUUCCAGAGACUCCUUCAGCAGUUAUCAUUUCUGUCUGGGUAAUUCAGACCCAGCCCAGACCUGAAUGCAGACACUAAAAACAUUUAAAGAUUUUGAGAGUCCCCCAGCUUUCUGACCCUGGCUCCUUUGGAGAGGUCUGGGAAGAUAAGAGAUAGUGAACUCAAAGAAGAUAAUGGCUUAUGUCCCACAUUUCCUCCCAGGGUAUGGCAGUCUCCCUGAUACCCUUAUAGCUAGGAAUCUCCUAGGGUGCUGUAGCUCACCGUUUUGUAAUGUCUGGAGAGAUUUGUGGUUGUCAUGAAGUUGGAGGGUGCUGCGGGCCUCUCAUGGAAGCCAGGAAUGCUGCUAAACACCCUGUGUCAGCAGUGCCAGGGUACGGAACCCUGCGCUGGAGUGUCAGUGCUUGACUGUUAAAGGGGUUUUACAUUUUGCUUUGUUUUGCUUCCCUAUUGCUUGUUUUUUGUUGUUUGUUUGUUUGUUUGUUUGUUUUUUUGAGACAGAGCCUUGCUCUGUUACCAGGUGCCAGAGUGGAGUCCAAUAGCGUGAUCUCGGCUCACUGCAACCUCCGCCUCCCAGGUUCAAGCAAUUCUCCUGCCUAGCCUCCCGGGUAGCUGGGACUAUAGGCGCACACCUACACCCAGCUAAUUUUUUUGUAUUUUUAGUAGAGACAGGGUUUCACCAUGUUGGCCAGUAUGGUCUCGAUUUCUUGACCUCGUGAUCCACCCACCUUGGCCUCCCAAAGUGCUGGGAUUACAGGCUUGAGCCACCGUGCCUGGCCAUUGCUUGUUAGGAAAACAGUAAAGUUUCCAGUUAAGCCUUUGUCUCCAGCAUUCCAGUUAAAUUGGUCAAUCAGUCUCUUCUUGAAACAUUUUCCUUGGCUGACUUUUGAAGUCCCGCUCUCCUUUUCCUCAUCCUUUUUCUUUCCUGGCUCUUCUGCCCCAUCCUGACUUGGUGGUAUACCUGGGGCUCAGGUCUCACCUCCCAGAUGAGGGCUCUGAGUUCAUACAGCCCUUUGGAUCUCCUGCUUUUUUUCUGAUAGAAUCUGUUGUAAUUUGUGUUUUGAAUGAUACCAAGGGUAAUAAAAAUUCUUAUUUCAUAUACAAAUUUUUAAGAAGAUUAGCAGUUAGUACUCAGCUUUGGAGUGCUUAAUUUUUUCAUUUUCAGAAGAAGUAUAUGAUUUAUAAAGUUUAUGAUAUGGAAGUUAUAAACAUUAAUAUCACAUAAUUAAACAUACCCAUUUUAGAGAUUGAAGAGGGUGAUUUGUGGCUUCACAAAAAUAGGACAUUCACUCUAGCUAUCAUUAUUUCUUUCAUAUUGAAGUUUUUCUAUUUCUUUCUAGGUUUGUCAAGGGCUGUUUAAUGAAUUACUAGAAAAUGGGAUUUCUGUGUGGCCUGGUUAUUUGGAAACUAUGCAAUUCUCAUUGGAACAACUUUAUUCAAA